GAGCUGUGCACCUUCCAGCGUGCUGCGUUCACGGGUACGCAGCUUCAGGGACAAUAUUCUGCAGUACUCUUCUAAUUACUGUCAGGAUUUUGUGUUGACACUAUAGUAGAAACCGUGUGUCGGUGUGAUGGACCGCUGGAAGGGCAGGGUGGCUCUGGUGACUGGAGCCUCGGUUGGGAUCGGUGCGGCCGUUGCUAAAGAGUUAGUCCGGUAUGGUAUGAAAGUGGUAGGCUGCGCCAGGGACCUGGAGAAAAUACAGAACCUGGCAGCUGAGUGUCAAAGUGAAGGCCACAGUGGUGUUUUGGUGCCCGUCAAGUGCGACCUGAACAAUGAGGAGGAGAUUCUGUCCAUGUUCUCUGCCAUCAAAGCCCAGCACAAGGGUGUGGAUGUGUGCAUCAACAACGCUGGCUUGGCUCAUCCUGAAUCACUGUUAGCUGGCAAAACCAGUAGCUGGAAGAACAUGCUGGAUGUGAACGUCCUUGCAUUGGCGCUAUGCACACGUGAAGCUUAUCAGUCAAUGAAAGAAAGAAAUAUUGACGACGGACACAUCAUAAACAUAAACAGCAUGAGCGGACAUCGUGUGGUUCACAACACUGAUGUGCAUUUCUACAGCGCCACCAAGUUUGCUGUGACAGCCCUGACAGAGGGCCUGAGGCAGGAGCUGCGUGAGGCCAAGACCCACAUAAGAGCCACAUGUAUAUCCCCUGGUGUAGUGAAGACAGAAUUUGCUCCAAGGCUCCACAGCCAGAACAUUGAUAAAGCUGCUGCUGCAUACACAAAAUUUAAGCCUUUGGAAGCCAUAGAUGUAGCAAAUGCUGUUACAUACGUCCUCAGCGCCCCUCCCCAUGUACAGAUUGGAGACAUUCAGAUGCGACCUGUGGAGCAGGUGUUGUAGCAAAGGCAACAUGUGACAGUUGAAUUAAUGUACUGACGCAUUCAUCAUCUGACUCAUUUCCUACAAUAAUUGUGAAACUCAUUACUUUAUCUGAUCAUAUAUGAACUUUUGCUCUUUUGUUCACUCUGUAAUCUUGCACCUAAAGAAUAAAUAUCUCGAUUUGGAAAUGAAA